AUGGCAUCGCCCUCCACUCCACCAUCUACCGAUCCCACUCUGGACCACUCCAUCCAACACCAUGUCUAUUCUGGCUUACCUCAUCCCCAGUCCAUCGCCGAUACACGCCUCAAGACCCUUCGUCGCCUACUUGAAGGCUACAGCUCCCUCUCGGCACCUACACUCCUUCAGCCCCUCAGUCCCAAUUUCACUCACGAGGUUCUUCCCCAAUCCCUGGGCAUGCCAGUGAGGGGCAAGGAGGACUUUGCACAUCAUGCUGCCAUGGUUUUCUCCGCGUUUCAGAGCUUUGAAAUGAAGCCGACAGAGCUGUGGGAAGAUUCGGACAGAGGGGGAGUGAUUUUGAGGUGCGCAAUGGAAGGGAUCUUGAAGACCAAGGAGAAGCCUGAUGGCGAGAAGAAGGAGAGCAAGGCAAAGGACGGAGAAGCGGAGGUGCAGGCCAAGAAAGACAUCACUCCCCAUAUGGACACGGAAGACGUGUACAACCCUGAUGGAGACCUAAAAGAGCCGUCGUCUCAAGAAGAUGAAGACCCAAGCACCGACAAAAUUCACUGGAACAACGAAUGCCUCCUCAUCAUCUCCUUUACCCCCUGCGGCUCGCAGAUCUCCAAAAUCCAAGAAUUCGUCGACUCCGCCAAAGCAGUCGAGAUGAAGAAGAAGCAUGCCCCCAAGGGUUUCGACGAGGCCUCAGCGCCUCCACCACCCACUUACAAACCCGCCACAUACCUCGACCUCGACACCCUCAAACUCAAAGACGGAGGAUGUCCCGGUGACUGUCACUGA